CCUUCUUACCUGCCGGGCUUAAGCUGGCUCUUCGCGGAUUCGGGUGGAGAUGGCUUGCGCCGCCGCGCGGUCCCCUGCGGACCAGGACAGGUUCAUUUGUAUCUAUCCUGCUUAUUUAAAUAACAAGAAGACCAUCGCGGAGGGGAGGCGGAUCCCCAUAGAAAAGGCUGUUGAAAAUCCUACAGCUACAGAGAUUCAAGAUGUAUGUCUGGCAGUUGGACUUAAUGCAUUUCUUGAGAAAAAUAAAAUGUAUUCUAGAGAAUGGAAUCGAGAUGUUCAGUACAGGGGCAGAGUCCGAGUCCAGCUCAAACAGGAAGAUGGCAGCCUCUGUCUCGUACAGUUCCCGUCACGUAAGUCAGUAAUGUUGUAUGCAGCAGAAAUGAUACCUAAACUAAAAACAAGGACUCAAAAAACAGGAGGUGGUGACCAAAGUCUUCAGCAAGGAGAAGGAAGUAAAAAAGGGAAAGGGAAGAAGAAGAAGUGACUUGGUUAUGAGAGCAAGUA